AUGCAAGCAGACAUUCCUCUGAGUCUUCUGCUGAGGAUUUUGGAUUGGGACCAAGACGAAGAUUGUGCGUACAGGUGCCUGCAUGCCUGCUUGGCCGUAGCAAUCGACAACGGGGGUCGGAUGUGGAAGUACAAAGGCAAGUGGCCCCACACGAGAUUUCUUGGGAUGCAGGAACCAGCAUCGGUGUUGUUCUCAUUCUUUAAUGCUGUCAGCCAUGUCUUAGGAUUCAAGUUGUUGUUUGAAAUAAGGAGAAACAUGGUACGGACUGCUGGCAGCACAGUAGUUGAUAGAAACCUGGUGGAGCACGUUGAACGGCUGCUAGCAAUGUCCCUUUUGUGGGUUUCUGCCUGGAUGGGUUCGAUGGUGUUUCAUUCACGUGACAACUGGGCAACAGAGAGGUUAGAUUACUACCUUGGAAAUGUUGCGAUGGUGUGGAUGGUCUACUCAGCUGUGAUGCGAGCAGCCAUCAUCCAUGAAGCAAUCUCGGGUGUUACUACCCAAAGAGUUUUACAGCUGUCAUUGUUUGGAGGAGUUAUGGCACACAUUAUUUCAGGUUGGCACAAGAUGAACUACUCCCAGAACAUGCAGGUAAUGAUCGUCCUAAUGGUUGCCAACACAUGUGCUUGGCUUUCAGUUUGUCUUAAAAUGAAACACAACUUUGUCAGGCUGUUCUACAUUUCAACAGGUUUGACAUAUGCGGCUGGUGCCCUAGAAAUCUUCGAUUUCCCGCCUGUCGCUGGGUCUCUGGACGCACAUGCGGUCUGGCAUCUUGCAACGCCAUACCUUUCUUGGAUGUUCUACAGGUUUCUAGCGCAAGAUGCCAUUGGGCUUGUCGAACAGCAGGCGAAGCGCGCCUCAUAA